UAACCCUCCCUACCUGAGGUUAUCCUGGGUGGCUAACCCUCCCUACCCGAGGUUAUCCUGGGUGGCUGAUCCUCCAUACCCUGGGUUGAAAAUCCCAACAUAUCUUAUGUUUCAGUCUUGGUGGAGUGUGUGACCAGUGAAGAGGCAGGACCAGGAGCUAUGACUCGAUCCCUGCAACCACAAUUAGAGCAUCGUGAUAAUCUAAGGUUUCAUACAUAAUGGGCACAGUUGAGAACAUGGUAGCUGACAUCUGUUUCAUCUGCUGUAAGAAGCUCUCAUCUCUGGGUGCCACUUCAUAUACCAACCAUCAUGUGCUUAAGUACACGAAGAUGACUGUGAUAAAUUGCUUAAGAAAAUUUUUAAGUAGUUGCAUACAAACCACCCAGAAAGGCAAGUGGGAUCUUUGGUUGUGUCUAGCAUGUGACAAAAUCAUCAGAGACUUGGAUAACUUUCUGCACCAGUACACCAAAACUCGAGCAAAACUGCAACUUGUGUAUACUGAAGCUCAUUCUCAUGUGUGUAGUGAAAGAAAUGUUGAGCACUUAGAAGAUACAGAGAAAUUGGAGAAUUCCUGUCAUGAUGCAGAAUCAAGAUUCCUUCAAAAGUUGUCAGAUCGGUGCAGUUCAAAAAGGAUCAUCAAAAGCAACCCUCGGUAUGCUGAUGAAACUCAUUCUAAUACACGUCAUAAUAAGUGUUCACUCUGUAAUCGAGAGCACCAGACCAAGGCUGCUUUAGAAGCACAUAUGGAAGGUAUUCAUGGUCAGAAAAAAACCAAAAGAAGUCGCGGUCGUCCUCGAAAAUAUGACAGACAUAAAAUUACCAUCUUUCCCUCUGAUGAGCUUGUGUCAAAAGAUGAAAGUGUGGUGUUAGGCGAUAGUAAAAUUUCUACGGAUGGGUCAGAUGCAAAUGAAAAAGAAUGUGAAGUAAUGAAAGAAUCACAGAGCUUCUUACUUGUUAAUGGCACACACUAUCUAGAAACUGAGCCAUCAUCCUCAGACACUGUUUGUCAAGGUUCUUCUGUGAGUGGUGUUAGCAUGUACAAAAGUAAAUCGCUGGCAGAAAACCGAGAAGAGUCUUUACUAGUGGAAGAUAAAAAUCAUGGAAGCAUUGAUUCAGAAAUUCUUGGAACAGUUCUCAGUGAUAUGGCAGAUGAUAAUUUUCUCACAGCACCAAGAUGUAGUAACCAUGAAAAGAAUCAUAGUUUAAUUAAUGAGUCUUAUUCAAAUGCUGAAAGAAAAAAGAAAAUUCCAAAGCCAAGUGAUAAAAAGUACAUGCGGCAAGAGAAGUGCUCAAAGUGUGGGAAAGUUGUCGUUGGUCGCAUGAAAUUAAGAAGACACAUGUUAAUGCACUCAACUUCUCAAGAGCAAAAGAGUUGCGAGGUGUGUGGGCGUGUGCUUCACAACAUUACUGCGUACAAGGUGCACAUGCUGCGUCUACAUGAUAAAAUACCAAAAUCUUCAGCUCUAGAUAGUGCAAAUAAGAAGAGCUGUGACAUAUGUGGAAAAACAUAUCGGGGAGCUUCGGGGCUUUCAUACCACCUGGCAGCCAAGCAUAAUAAAGGUCCUCGGUAUCCGUGUGACAAGUGUGACCGAGUUUUUCCUCACAGUCGCAACCUUUCGUCACAUAAAGCUCAAGCACAUGGAAGUUACUCUGUGAUUUGUGAGUACUGCGGAGAGACAUUUAAACUACAAACUCAGUUGAACUCUCACAUUAACUCUGUACAUCAUGGAAUUACAUCCUGGGAAUGUACUCUUUGCUCUUCCAAAUUCUCCUCACAUAUUGAUUAUAGGUUACAUAUUAAUAAGCACAAGAGAGUGACAUACGAAUGUGAUGCUUGUGGCAAGCAAUAUUCUUGGCGAGAGGCACUGAGGAAGCACAAACGUACAAAGCACGAAUGCUUUCUUGCAUCUGUGUCCUAUGACUGCUCUGCUGUGACACCUUCAAUAAUUUCUGAGACCAUUUCACCACAUGACGAAGGCAUAGAUAAUGUAACAGUGCUUCCUAAAGAAAACACCGAAAGUUCAGUGGAGGGAGUAAGAGUAACAUCUGCAGCUUCAUUACAAAAAUUACUGGAAAAACCUGAGAAUGUAGACAAUGGUAUAUACAUUGAUGCUGCUCUAGAACCAAUCAUAUUAGGGGGUAACUUACAGGUUAGCCAGAAGGCCAUGGAUAGUGGAUCUGUUUUAACUUCACUGAUAUCUGCAACUGACCUGAGUAUUGGUGAGAGGGAAAUUAUAUCUGACACUCCCGUACUCUCCAUGGUCUCUAGUGCUGAAUGUGACUCGCCUGAAAAAGACAUAAAUACUAACACUGUUAUUUCAGUACCAGAAACAGAUUGUGUAGGUAACUUUGAGAGAGUAGAAGACAGCAAUGAGUUACCAUUUGUUGUAUCUGAUAAGGUAAGAUGUUUGGAAGAUAGGCUUCCAUUGCCACAAGGAGCUGCCAGGACUUGUGAAGCUGUAUUACCAUGCAGAGAAGCUCAGGCCAUCACAGCUGCUCAUGUGGAAGAAGUGGUUAUUGUAGAAACUGAUGCUAAUGCUAAUUUUGACUAUAUUGUGUAUCAUGUAUCUAGUUAAUAAUAUUAAAACCUUGCUGGCAUAAUAUUUUUAUUAUGUAUUUUCUUUAUGCUUAUAUAUAGUUAUGUGAAAAAUAUUGUACCUUAGUUGUAACAGACCUCAGUAAAAUGAAUUUCAGAAAUAUAGAACAAAAUGUACUGGGUUAAUUGGUUCAUAAACAGCAGAUAAAGUUCAUUGGUUACAGAAUUGUCCGUUAUAGUUACAAUCGUGGCAAAAUAAUCACAUCUUUAUCCAUUACUGCCCACCUUCUUUUUCUUAUUAAUCCAUCAUAUUGAGGGCUUACUGUUAUAUAAAUAUUAUUACAGUAAUAGUUCCUAAGAAAAAAAAAAUAGGUGAUCAAAGAUAUUUAACCUUGUCCUCUUUCCCACUUACAUUUUUUCUGAGAAACUUCACUAUGUACAGCGAACACCAGAUAAUACUGUAUAUCUAUAGUUCCUGAAUUGCCUGUUACACAAUUCAUAAUGUACAGUACAGUAUAUCAGUCUUUAAUAAACAGCAUCUCUCAAUUUGCUGCAGAAAUGUUGUUUACACCAUGGACAUUACAUUAGUACUCUCUUCAGGGGGAGUGUCUUGAUGCUGGUGAAGGCAUCUUGAUCCAAGGGAUUUGAACUAUCCCCCUCCUUGGAUUGAACCUGAUUACUUCCCAUGCCACAUUGGGCCAUGGGAAAUGCUAAACCCAUAAGGGAAUUAUACAGUACCAGGGUAAACGGGAAGCAAUCAGAUUCAGUCCAAGGAAAGGGAAGGUAGCUUAUAGUCUUUAGAUCAAGAGCUCUUUACCAUCAACAAGGCACUUCAAACUGUUACCAUAUGCUUUUUUUAAAACUGAUAUGCAAAGUUGAUUGUAUUUACUGAUGGUAAAUUGUAUGGGAUCCCAUUCACCAGAACACACCAUCUUCAUUUUGGAUGCCUUUUGUAUAAACCCUGACAUGCUUACUGCCCACCCUUCUCUCUGAUAGGAGGGUAAUUGUAAAUUGAUUGGCAAUGCGUCUGUUCAUCACACAGUGUUGAAGGACCCACAUGGGUUUAGCACUUCUUGUUAAUAUAUUUUCUGUGACAGUUUCACCUCUGCUGUAAACAUUCUGAUUUCUUACCUAGCACCAAUUUGCUAUAUCAGCUGUGACUUACCAUUUUUUUCAGUCAAUUUUCUUCCUUAAGCACAUCUAUAUCUUAUCCUUUACAUCCCUUUUUCUCCUUCACUUAUUUUUAUUCUUUCUUUCUUUCUUCUUUUAACACACUAACACACUGGCCAUAUCCCACUGAGGCAGGGUGGCCCAAAAGAAAAAACAAAAGUUUCUCCUUUUACAUUUAGUAAUAUAUACAGGAGAAGGGGUUACUAGCCCCUUGCUCCUGGCAUUUUAGUUGCCUCUUACAACACGUAUGACUUACGGAGGAAGAAUUCUGUUCCACUUUCCCAUGGAAGUAAGAGGAAAUAAACAAGAACAAGAACCUGAAAGAAAAUAGAAGAAAACCCAGAGGGGUGUGUAUAUAUAUGCUUGUACAUGUAUGUGUAGUGUGACCUAAGUGUAAGUAGAAGUAGCAAGACGUACCUGAAAUCUUGCAUGUGUAUGAGACAUAAAAAAAAAGACACCAGCAAUCCUACCAUCAUGUAAAACAAUUACAGGCUUCCGUUUUACACUCACUUGGCAGGACAGUAGUACCUCCCUGGGCGGUCGCUGUCUACCAACCUACUACCUAGGACUUAUUUUUAUUAUUAUUAUUAUAUUUUUUUUAUCACACAGACCAUUUUCCACCAAGGAAGAGUUAACUGAAAAAGACACUUUCACCAUCAUUUUCUUUGUCACUGUCUUGCCAGAGACAUGUAGAUACUACAGUUCAGGUGCCCUUCCGGAACUGCAAAUAUCCCCAUCCCUCCUUCAGAGUACAGUCACUGAAUGUCCCACCUCCAGGACUCUAGUCCAGCUAACCAGUUUCCCUGAAUCCGUUCUUGAAAUGUUACCUUGUUCACACUACAACAGCUCGUCAAGUCCCAAAAACCAUUUGCCUCCACUCAGUCUUAUCUAACACAAUUACACAUGCCUGCUGGAUGUCCAGUCCCCUUGCACACAAAACUUUCUUCACCCUGUCCCUCCAACCUUUCCUGGGGUGACCCCUACCCCACCUUCCCUCCACUACAGUAAAGUAUAAAAUUAUGUGUUAAUGUUUUAGGUAUAUACAUAUACAGUGGAACCUUGGUUUUCGUCUUUAAUUCGUUACAGAAAGUCUGACGAAAACCGAAUUUGACGAAAACUGAAGGAAUAUUUCCCAUGAGAAAUAAUGUAAAUCCAGUUAAUCCAAUCCAGACACCCAAAAGUAUUAACAAAAAAUACAUUUUAUAGAGAAUAACUAUAUGUAGUUUUACAUACAGAAAACAAUGAGAAAUAAAUAUAAAGGACUAUUGAAAUGGGUAAAUGAACAUUUAACAUAACUUUUGCCUUUAUUGAAGACUAUUGUUGGUGUAUGGCAGAUGGCAAGGAGGGGAGGGGAAGGAGAGGUUAUUGUUUGGAAGGGGAAUCCCCUUCCAUAAGGACUUAAGGUAUCAAGUCCUAUCCGGGGUUACGUCCCUUCUUUGUUUUUUACUGGCACUCUGACCAGCUUGAGAGUCACUGGACCCCUGUCCAGUGACUGUCCAGAAAGGUCUGUUUCUGGCAUCUCUUUAAGAUUUGCCUAAAAUGGGACAAGGCAUUGUCAUUGAACAUGUUGCAGACAUGGCUUGCAACAGCUUUGUUAGGGUAAUACUUUUCACCUGUCUUGUCCUCCUCCUCUGAAGCAAUGAGUGGUGAGUGGAGAAUAUAUUUAUUGUAGGAAGUCUGAAUAAAUGAAGAAUGAGUAUAAGUGAAAACCACUGCAUUAACAAAACGCUGUAAAAAGGGGCCCUCCUGUGUUAUGCUCUUUUAUAUUCUAUUAAUCUUAGGUUUUAAGUUGCCUGCAUAACCAUAUAUACAGUACAGUGGACCCCCGCUUUACGAUCAGCUCCCAAUGCGACCAAUUAUGUAAGUGUAUGUAUGUAAGUGCAUUUGUACGUGUAUGUUUGAGGGUCCGAAAUGGACUAAUCGAAUUCACAAUAUUCCUUAUGGGAACAAAUUCAUUCAGUAAUGGCACCUGAACAUACCUCUGGAAUGAAAUAAUAUCGUAAGGUGGGGGUCCACUGUACUGUUAAAUGUUAUCCAGUUUUGUAAAAACUAUGCUUUUUUUUCAUGUGGAAAUAAAGUAUUUAUUUA